GGAGGUUAGGAUUUUUCCCAGAAAACAGACUGUACUGGUCUAUGCUAGCAUAAUUACAGCUUAAGAGUCUAAAGUACAAGAAAGUAACAGCAAAGAUAAGUUCAAGCAGUUUAAAAUACACUGUUUAUGUGACCUCAGUUACACAACUAACAUAAUUUUGCCUACAUAUGUUUCUAGGGCCAAAAAUAAUUAUCUGUGCCGAUUCCUUAGGUGCUCAUGAGUUGAAUGUUAAAUAAUUUAGAAUUUGUCUCCCUGCCUUCCUCUUCCUCAUCCUUGAAGCAGGUUUUAUUCAGAGGUGCUCUGGACAGUCACAGUGUUACUUGGUGUGAAACUCCCACAUUUAUGCUACACGUGUCCGUUUGCUCGAUAGAGUCAUCACUUCUUUGCCACUUGAGGAGCAGCUCCAGCUCUAAGCCAGGAGGAAGAUCUGAACCUGCUAAGCAGCCACUGAAGAAACCAAAGUUACCAGUAGGUCGGUUUGAUGAAACAGAAGAGUCCAGUAUGGAGAAGGAACCCUUGGAAAAAUUCCCUGAUGGAAUCAAUCCUACUACAAAAGAGAGGGGUGGACCUAGAGGCCCUGAACCUACACGUUUUGGAGACUGGGAGAGAAAAGGCCGUUGUAUAGAUUUCUAAUAUUUAAAUGUCUGUAUUGCUAAUAAAAUAUUUAUAGUUGCUGAAAUAUAUAAUGUACAGAAAAAAUCUCACCUGGAUUUGUCAUGGAGCUUAUUGUUUUUGUCGUGCCACCACAUUCUGUUAUGUGAUUAAUUUCUGAAUAAUGCAAUGUAAUUAAACACAGUGCUGCAGCUCAGAUUAUGGAGAUGUUAGUGGCUCAAUGUCUGCCUGAUCUUUAAUACUAUUUACACUAUCCAAGUAUAAAUGCAAGUAUAGUGGUGUGAAAUUAGUAGUCAGGAGCUUAUUGAGAUGCAUAAGGGCUUGUGUUUCUUCAUCAGUGUAAAGAUUCAUGUGGUGUUGUAAAAGUGUUGAAAGAACUUUGCAUUUCAUGAAUCUGGACACCAUUCAUCAAACGUAGAACCAACUCUGAGGAGAUCAGUAACUGAUUUCACAGAGUGGUUCCCUGGUAAAAGCCCCUUUACUCAAGAACCUUCCCUCUCUCUCUCCAUUUUAGUGGGCUGGGCGUUUCUUCCUGUUUAUAGGAAAGGGACAGUCUUGUCUCUGAGUGAGGACUGUAAGUAGCACAAUGGAAAUGGAGACUUAAUUUUGGGUCAGCUCUUGAUUGCAAGUAGUGUAGAGGUGCUCUGUAUGCAAUUCUAGAAGACUGUUCUUCAUCACCUCUCUUCAUGCUGUUUGCAUUAUCUUUUCUUUUGUCAGUGGAGGUGCCCUUUUUGCAUCAAUGCUUCUUGGGAAAAAUGCUCCAUUACUGUCUGAAACCUUAUGGUCAAAGGGGACAAAUUCCAUUAGGUGAUGUUAUAUUGCAGGUCUUAAAACUAAGUUAUCUGGCAUCAAACUAAAUAUCUUUCAGUUAGAGUGAGCUCAGUUCUUCAUUCAAGAACUUGCCUAGUCAUAAGUACUGUAGCAGAGUAAUAGUAGAGUGAAAAUCUACCACUUGUGUGGAUACUUACUAAUGAGAGUAAGUUGUCAUUGAAAUGUGUGAACAUGUGCUCUAUUUUUUGAUAGCCUGAACAAAUGGAUCUUCUCUAGUCACAGAAUCGGAGAAAAGUGUGUUUGCCAUUACUCUGUCUCGGCUUUGCCCAGCUUUACCUUUGCAUGGUUUAACUAGAGCAUUAAAAUGUGUUGGUCUUGUCAAAAAUCUGAGCAGCCUCCCCUAAAACUCACUUGACUGGCAGCCAGUGGGGGAGCUCCUUGUUGAAAUCUGACAGUGUAUCCAGUGUGUAUGUUAGAGACAUAGUUUUGCUCUAGUUCUAAGUUUGGAUGUUUGUCUCACUGUGAUGAUUCCUUACAAAAAUACUGAACCUGUUCAGCUGUAGGUUUAUCAACCAAAUACCUUAGUGAUAAGCAAAAUGAGAUUAAUGAAAGCUCAUAGAAGGUGUUAAUUAGUGGUAAUUACAUUUUGAACCUUUAAAUUUUGCAGCAUGGUUUAGGUAUUGGAAAAUUGGUUUAUAUUUAUAGCUAAUUCAUUCUAGUUUCUCUUCUGUAGAGUGACAGAUCUUUCCAAGAUAUAUUGACAUUUUCAGUUACCCAAAGAUAGGCUGGGUCAGCUGUCUUUAAUAUAUGCUGUUUGUUAAUUAUUUCUAGUAAUGGUUUGCCUUUUCAGUUACUGGUGUGUUGGAAAAUACUUUCUCACACAAUACACUGCCUUUUCAAAUAGGAAGUGGAAAUUUUAAUUGGAAGCUUCUGCCUUUUCUGCAUCAUUAGUAAUAGGCUUAACAUCUUGAUUUGUGAAGAGGCAGUGAAAUACUGCAGUUAUUUAUUUUUUAAUUCCUAAUCAUGUCCAUGGAUUGUUGCAUUACUUCAUUAUCUUCCCAUACCAGGUUCUACCCUUCCCAGCACACGCUCCAUGAAUGUUUAUCUAGUUGCGCUUCUUGGCAUUCCUGAUUUUCAAAUCUAAUUGCUUUCCUCAGCGUCGACUGCAGGUGCAUUCCUCCCUGGAUACGCUGUUUUGAUUUAGCAUACAAGGAGCUGGUCUCACUUUUCCAUCAUUUUCCUUACAUUUCAGUUGCUUAUCUUUGGUCUUCCUCAGCUUUGUGAUUAAGGGCUGACCCAAGUAAUGUCCAGGCCCCUGUUUGUCUUUCAUGUAGGUGAUGACUGCUGCUGUCAGAGCCACAGGCAGGCAGUCAGAGCUCAGGCAGGUUCUAGACACUCUGUGCCAAUAUCCAUGAAGUACCUGGAUUUGGAAGAUAAUUCUGAGAGCACUAGCAUCUGUACCAGUAAGACAGAGUGUCUCAAAAAUGCAGGGAUUUUGCUUUCCUUCAAAAAACGGAAUCACAGAAUAACUGAAGUUGAAAAAGACCUCUAAGAUCAUCAAGUCCAACCAUUAACCCAGCACUACCAAGUCUGCCACUAAAUCAUGUUCCUGAGUGCCACAUCUACACAUCUUCUAAAUACCUCCAGGUGACUCAACCACUUCCCUAGGCAGUCUGUUUUAAGCUUGACAGCAUUUUUGUUGAAAAACUUUUUCCUAAAAUAAAAAGGCUGUUGUUAACCCAUGUUACAAAUAGCUGAAAAGGAACUGGUGAAGACCACUUCAGUCUCAAGCAAUUUCAAGCCUUUUUUGCCACCUCCCAGGCUGGUGUCAGUAACCAAGUAUUUGCUUAACUUGUUUAUGGAAUGUGUCAAGACAUAGGAAACUGAACAUAUAAGCAAGAUAAUAUGUAAGAGCUGAAGAGUGAAUGCCAAGGGGCCCUCUUAUGUUGUCUGGCAAUCUGGCAUUUAUCAAAAAGAGGAGCCCUGUACUCCAGUAACAGUUAAGCACAAAAUCCUAUGAUGCUGCAAAAUCUCUUGUGGUACCUGUCAAAAGUGAUCAGGGAUUGAAUGUAACAAAGGAUACAAUGAUAUUGUAGGGUAUAAGCAAUAAUUUCUCUUUGUUUUCUUGCAGUGCCUGCAAUUAGGGAAGCAGCACUUCAGCACUUUUUCAGAGGUGUCUUCCUGCUCUUCCCAAAUAAUUACUGUUAGCAAUUCACUGGAAUUUAGCAUUAGGGUAAGAAAAUGGCUAGGGGCAUUAGCUAUUAGAUCAGUCAUAGAUAUAAUUUUAUUAUAAAUACUAAUCAAAUAUUUUUGUAGCUCUUUUUGUUAGUAUAAACAAUGAAGAGCAAUAGGGAUUGUGUCCUAACAUUUCCUGUUAACUUUCUGGAAGGCAAAAGAAAAAUUGUUCUGUGUGUGUACGCAAAUUCUUGCAGUACUGCAGGAUGCUUGCUGCUCUGUUUCGUUACUGAAAAUCUGUACGUUGUGUAUCUGCAGUAGGUUUUCUCUUUUAAACUUGUUUCUGCUACUUGGUAUAGAUGCAUUUGGUACAUUAUUAAAAUUAUGAAACCUUUAUUGUUUGAAGGAAUUGCACCAUAAAUACUUGAAGUUUCAAUUUACAGUGAAAGAAAAUAUUUGCUAUAUAUUGCCUUGUUUGGAAAGUAUGUAUUUCAGUGUUGAUUUUAUUAAGUUGAAACAUAGGAUACAUAAUAGAAUCACAGUAAAAUUACCUGUGAUGGUAGCAUAUGUUUGUAAAGCACCACAGAAUGUUGUUAUAAAUCUUUACGAUUUUUUCAGUUGACUGCAAUAAAUGAUGACAAAUUCCAAUGGUCUGUAGUGACAGAUAAAUUAAAUGCCUUUUUAUGACACUUAUUUUGGUAUUUUUAAUGAAAAAGCACACCAUCUUGUUCUGAAAUGUCAGGAAAAGGAGGAAAACCAUUUGUAAGAGAAGCAGUUUUGGUAGUUCUGUGGUUUUUAUAAUUGUUGAUGAGUCAAAAACAUAGAAGCAUCUCAGAGCAUAAGGAAAGGGUUUGAAAUAUGUUUCCAUAUGCUGAUGGAGAUCAAAGCCAUGUA